AUGUCAGCAAUCAAUCUAAUUCAAUUACACUCGUCUAUACUAUUCAACAUAUCUGAUAGUAUAAUCAGAUCAAUAUCACGUGCUGAGAUAGUUGGUAUUUUCUUAGGAUAUGUAGAAAAUGAACAGGCGACUAUUACUGGAUCAUUUGAAAUUGUGAAAACAUCUACCAAUAUCGAUUUAGAAUACUUAUACAAGAGAUAUAUUCAAUUCAAAGCUGUUUCACCCAACAGCUACGUUUUAGGAUUUUAUCAAAUUAAAGAUUCAACCAAUUCUGAUGAAAUUGCUGAUACUUCCACUAUUAUAGUUUUACAACAAAUUCAACAAGCUUUGACUGCCUUUGAAAUUGACUACGUUGGGAGUUUAUUCUAUAUUGUGUUCAAACCCAAUGACAUUAAAAACUAUGAACACGGAAAAACACAGGUUUUCCAAUCGUAUUCCUGUGAAGAUUUCCAUCCAAUCAGAACAAUAAUUGAUUCAACAGAAACGGAAAACAUAGCCACGACAACAAUCACCAAACACAAAAAGUACUUCACAACCUCAAAGCAGGAUGAUUCAAUUCUUGAAAAUUCAUCAGUUGCUAAACAUACACGAGAACUCGCCAAUACUUUAAAUCAAUUGGUUGAUAGAAUGUCAAGAAUCCUCAAAUUCUUGGAAGAAUCAAAACCCGAAAUACCCACACAAGAAUCAAUGCAAGUAAGGAUUCAAAUCAAUAAUUCAAUUGUACAUUUAUCAAAUAAAUUGGCAUCAUUUAAUCAAUCCACAAGAGAGAAUUCAUCCGUCGCUAACGGUACACUUUCCAAAUUACAAGCAGCUCAAUUGGGUUUUAUAACGGAACAACUUACAUUAUUGGAGAGACUUAAGGCAUAUCCUCUCAAGAUGAUGAUGGCUUAUGAAGUAGACCAUCUGCAAUUGAAAUAG